CUCAACUCACUUCAAAUGGAGAGACAAGACUUGAUGAGUGUAAGGAGAAGACUGGCAAAGACUCAGCUUAUUACACUACCACCGCCUCCACCAACAAGGGUUCAAGCACCACCACCACCACCACCACCACCAAGUGAGUUGAAGCUCGCUGCUAUUGCUUCAAAUUUGAACGUCCGGCUGAGAUCCGCUGACAUGCCGCCAGCAAUGCAGGAGCGAGCCAUCCGACGAGCCAGAGAUCUUCUCGACUCAAAUCCGGAUACACAGAAAAGACUCAAUCCCACGCACCUCGCCAUGUGUCUCAAGAAGGAAUUUGAUGCAUUGUACGGACCGGCUUGGCACUGCGUGGUGGGUAAGAGUUUCGGAACGUUUGUGACUCACUCGAGUGGAGGAUUCGUGUAUUUCUCUGUGGACAAGCUCUGUUUUCUUCUGUUCAAGACGGAGGUCCGGCCGGCGGCCAAGGCCCCCGUAAAAUUGCUUGGAUUUAAUAAGUAGUGGCUAAGGAUGUGAGCAGUUUCACUUUUUAUCCAUGGAAAGAAUGGAGUUCGCCAAAUUAUGAGUCAUUUUAGGCGUAAUUACUAAUUUUUUAUUUUUUUUAUGCUUUUAAGUUCAAUUUAAUCUCUUCUACAGUUCUACUUUCUUGUGAGAUGGAGAGAGUCCUGUUUUGACAAUUUCACAAAGUAGCAACUUAAAAAAUUGAUUCAAACAGA